AUGGCUCGUCUCUUCUUAACUACUGCCUGUGUUGUUCUAUGGAUCAUUGGUUCUUUUGCCGAUAAAGAAUAUGAAAAACACGGUCAUGAUCAUCAUCAUCAUCAUCAUCAUGAUGAUCAUGAUCAUCAUGAUCAUGAAUCACACUCAAAAUUAUUUACUGGCGAGGAUGCUGAUGGAACUGAAGCAGAACAACGUGAAAAACUUCGUAUGAUUGCAAAUAAAAUUGAUACAGAUCAAAACGGAAAAAUAACAUUUGAUGAAAUGCGCAGCUAUACGGCACAACGUAUUAAAGAACAACGUGAUCGUGAAGCAGAUGAUUUGAUUGCUACACUUGAUUCAAAACAGGCAAAUAAAAUAUCAUUUCCUGCAUAUGUUCAUUAUAGUUUUGAUGAUGCCGAAAUAAGUGAUUUAGAAAAAUCUGAUAAAUCAGAUAUGACUACACGUGAAACUCGACGAUUAUACAAACUAGAUAAACAAAAAUGGACAUAUCUUGAUAAAGAUGGUGAUCAAUCAUUAUCUUAUGAUGAAUUUCGACAAUUUCUUCGACCAGAAGAUGAUAAAGAAUUAACUAAAAUUGAAAUUAAUAGUAUGAUUAAUGAAUAUGAUGAAAAUAAGGAUGGAAAACUUUCUAAUGUUGAAUAUUUAAAACUGACAGAAGCUGAAACUGGUCAAGCAGAACCUUUAAGUAGAGAACUUGAUGCAAAUAAUGAUGGUUUUGGUGAUUUUAAUGAAUUUACUAAUUAUUAUUUACCACCAUCAUCAAUGACAACCGAUCAAGAAACUGAACAUUUAUUAAAAGAAUGUGAUAUUAAUAACAAUGGUUAUUGUACACCAGAUGAAAUUGUUCAAGCUUAUUCAUCAUUUGCUGGUUCACAAAUAACAGAUUUUGGUGCUGAUCUUGAACAAGAAAAACAAGAGCUUUAA